AUGAAUACUUACCUAGAAUACACUUCUUGCGGGGAUGUUGUUGCAUUCUCACCGAAGUUUUGCCGUGGUGACCAGAGAAGUGUAUCCCUGCAGACCUUCACUGGGAGUGGAGCAGAUAAUCCUUAUGUGGGAAAUUUGCCAAUUGGUGUCCAUGCGUCUUCUGCUCAUCACUCUCCAGCACUUUAUGCCCCAUGCAGCCUGGACCUAUCUUAUGAACCAAGUCCACCUGCUGAAUACAAUUUCCUACCUGCUGGCUCAGAUUAUGACUUCUCUUUUGGAUCUAGUAACAACCCAGUGGAUGGGAGCGGGGAACAAGUCCAGUACGCGACCCCUUCUUUCCCAGGGACCAGCUCAUUCAUCCUUAAUGGACAAAUGACCUACAAGACAUAUGGGGAAGACAUCCGAAUGGCACAUCGUAAUGAACCAAUAGAUGUCUUUCCUGGAAAUUACCAGAAUUUUUCUCCAUCAUCUGGCACUUAUCCAAAGCCCAACUCCCCACCAGCUGAGACUCAAACAGCAAUGAACACAUUUGAUUGGAUGAAAGUGAAAAGAAAUGCUCCUAAGAAAAAUAUGCCGUCUGAAUAUGGAACAGCUUAUUCAUCCAAUACAAUGAGAACCAAUUUUACAACUAAACAACUUACAGAACUGGAAAAGGAGUUUCAUUUUAACAAAUACCUAACAAGAGCUAGGCGCAUAGAAAUUGCAAACUCUCUUCAACUUAAUGAUACUCAGGUGAAGAUUUGGUUCCAAAACAGAAGGAUGAAACAAAAGAAAAGAGAAAGAGAAGGAAGUUUACCCAGUUCCCCACCCUCAAGAUCUGCUUUAUCAAUGGGAUCUCAAAGCAUAAAAUCUGGAAAGAUAUCUGAGUCUGACUCUCAUUCAAGUGACUAG